CGGGACUACAUUUUCCCAACGCACAUGGAGUCUCGCCCCGCCCAAGGCUACCACGCGGAACGUCCCGCACAAGAUGACAUAUGGCCUUCAUUCGUCUCUCCACCGACCGUGGAAGGAAUCCGCCGCUACAGCGAUGCGCCCAGACCGAGCUUUGCGGCUCAGUCGCGCGCUUCGCCGGGAACGUUCAAUGCAGGCAGAGGUUAUGGGAACUACGUGGAUGACAGCUCUUUUCGCGAAUCUUAUGGGACCAAUCGUUAUUCAUUUCCAAGCCCAAGCCCUGGUCCGCCAUCCGCUUCGCGACAGCAACAUCAAAGAGCCGUAUCCCUCACCGCCUUGUCCGAAUUCCACGGCAAUGGCAUCAAGAACACUUUGGAAAGUCCUGCAUGGGCCGACACUACACCAAGACCCUCAGGUUCCUCCAUUGUAGCAGCUCGCGACCGCGCAGCACACUCGCAACAAGUCCAAGAACAGCUUCUGCGCGAAUACCAAGAAGACGCAGAAUGGAGCGAAGCCGCUACCAAAUUCAUGGAGUCUCGUCCGGGAGACUUUGCCGCCGGCUUAUCGGCCCGCCAGACAGAUCCGGGAUCGGUCAGUGGUGCUUUGUUUUUGAGACCCGUUCGCCCUGCGUCGAUGCCGACCCUGCCGCAGCUCGUAAAUCCAAGCCCGGCGGCGUUGGUGAAGCCUAAUCCGUGGGCUCAACAGAAGGUUGCCGAAUUUGUAGCUGCCCGUGGGUUGAAUCCGGGGCCAUUUGUGUUCGAUGUCAGGCCUCGUCAUGCCCGUUAUUUCGUGAUCAAGUCAAACUCAGCAACCAACAUCGUCGCCUCCGUCCAGCACAACGUCUGGUCUUCCACCGAACUCGGCAACCGCCGGCUCGACAACGCCUUUAAAGCAAACCAAGCAGCCGCCGCAACCGCAGCCGCCUCCGGCGCCGUUGAAUCCCAGCCCAACAGCCCCGUUCGCGGCCUCGGCGCACACGAUCACGCGGUGUUCCUUUUCUUCUCGGUAACCUCUUCUGGACGCUUUUGCGGAGUGGCCCGUAUGACGAGUGCUGUGGACUGGAAUUGUACGGUCACGAUUUGGGAGCAAGCGAAGAGGUGGAAGGGCGCUUUCAAUGUCGAGUGGAUCUUCGUGAAGGACGUUCCCAACAAUGCUGUACGUCAUUUGAAAGUCAGUGCCAACGAAAACAAACCAGUCUCGAACUCAAGGGAUACCCAAGAGCUGACCGAAGCCAUCGGUCACGAGAUGCUAAGGAUCUACUGCGAAUUCCACACGCAGACCUCAGUUUUGGAAGAACUGUUUACAUUGUAAGGGUUGCGAGCCAGCUCAGCAAAAUCCAACGACGCUAUAUCGUUCGGAAGACCGAGAAACAAAAGACCAAAAAUCAACGAACACUCCCACCCAAGUUUGCAGCAAAAGGAACAAUUCUGUCUCGCUCCGGUGUCGAUUCUCUUUGGGCCAAUAGGGGGACCUGUUUGCGGGUCCAUUUUCAUGCUACCGCUCUGCUAUCGUUCUUGACCCCCUUCCAACCUUUCAACUCCCCCCAUUUGAAUUUCUGUUCCUUCAAAAGGACAGUUCGGCUGGAACCUCUUCUUGGCACUAGGAAGACCGUGCCAGAAACUUCUAUUGCCGCUUUCUUACUGUAGCUACUAAGUUUUGAAGCUUUG